UGGAGGCUAGGCUGGUCUCCUUCCUGGAAUGGGCCAGGAGGGAGGAGCAAACGGAAGGAAGGAAGCCUGUGUGCAUCUAGCGGGCCCAUCAGCCCAGGACACAACCUCUCCCAGUGGCCAGUUUGGGCGCCCUAGGACUAGCUACAGCUGGGCAUGGCAGACUCUGCGCAGGUGCCAGAGCUGGUCUACCUGGUCACAGGUGGCUGCGGCUUCCUCGGGGAACGCAUUGUUCGAAUGCUGCUGGAGCGGGAGCCCAGGCUGCGGGAGCUGCGUGUCUUUGACCUGCACCUGAGUUCCUGGCUGGAGGAGCUGAAAACAGAUGAUUCCUAUGUCUGUUUUCCAGCCCACACACAAGGAACGGGGCAUGUGCAGGUGACCGCCAUCCAGGGGGAUGUAACUCAGGCUCACGAGGUGGUGGCAGCCGUGGCUGGAUCUCAUGUGGUCAUCCACACAGCUGGGCUAGUGGAUGUGUUUGGGAAGGCCAGUCCAAAGACCAUCCACCAAGUCAACGUGCAGGGCACACAGAAUGUGAUUGAUGCUUGUGUGCAGACUGGAACUCAGUUCCUCGUCUACACAAGUAGCAUGGAAGUUGUGGGGCCUAAUGUCAAGAGCCACCCCUUCUACAGGGGCAAUGAAGAGACCCCAUAUGAGGCAGUCCACAGGCACCCCUACCCAUGCAGCAAAGCCCUCGCUGAGCAGCUGGUCCUGGAGGCCAAUGGAAGGAAGGUCAAUGGAGGGCUACCCCUGGUGACGUGUGCCCUUCGACCCACGGGCAUCUAUGGUGAAGGUCAUCAGAUCAUGAGAGACUUCUACCACCAGGGCUUGCGCUUUGGGGGUCGGCUAUUCCGGGCCAUCCCAGCUUCUGUGGAGCAUGGUCGGGUCUAUGUCGGCAACGUGGCUUGGAUGCACGUGCUGGUGGCCCGAGAGCUGGAGCAGCGGGCAGCACUCAUGGGCGGCCAGGUGUAUUUCUGCUAUGAUAAAUCACCUUAUAAGAGCUACGAGGACUUCAACAUGGAGUUCCUGGGUCCCUGUGGACUUCGGCUGAUAGGCACCCACCCGCUGCUGCCCUACUGGCUGCUGGUGCUGCUGGCUGCCCUCAAUGCCUUGUUGCAGUGGCUGCUUCGCCCACUGGUGCUAUACACACCCAUGUUAAAUCCCUACACACUGGCUGUGGCCAACACCACCUUUACCGUCAGUACCAACAAGGCACAGCGCCAUUUUGGCUACAAGCCUCUCUUCUCAUGGGAAGAGAGCAGGGCCCGCACCAUUCAUUGGGUGCGGGCCAUAGAGGGGUCGGCCUGACGAUGGCAGGGCCAGGGGCUGGAGGCCACUGUGGCACGUACUCCAGGUCCUGAGCCCUGAGAGCCUGGAUGGAAAGAAGUGGCUGCCGUUUGAAGCUGGAG